GUUUCUGACAUUCUUCUUCAGGCUAUACGGGCUAUACCUGUUCUGUGGUGAAACAAAAACAAAUGAACGAAAAUGUGAAAACACACAUGUUUUUUUGAAAUUUUCAAUUUAUUCUCAAUCAUCUGAAAUUCUAAGAAGAAAUGUCUUCCAGAUUACCUCUCGUUGUCAUUUUGGGCGCUACAGGUUCAGGAAAAACAAAACUGUCCUUAGAAUUAGCCAAAAAAUUUGGAGGAGAAAUCAUAGGAGCUGAUUCCAUGCAGGUAUAUAAAGGACUUGAUAUUAUUACAGCAAAAGCAACUCAUGAAGAACAAUUGUUGGCUCCUCAUCAUAUGAUUGAUAUCCUGGAACCUCAGGAGACAUUCACUGUUAUUGAAUACAAAAACAGAACAUUGAAGGUGAUUGACAGUCUCCUCUCUAAUGGGAAACUUCCCAUUGUUGUUGGAGGUACGAACUAUUACAUUGAAUCACUUCUUUGGAAAAUACUCAUUGAUGAUGGUCCUUUCAAUAAAGGGCCAGGAAUCCUACCUAACAAUGAUCAUGAAUUACCAAGUGAAAAAUUACAUGAAAAACUCAUGUUACUGGAUAUUUCUAUGGCCAAGAGACUGCACCCCAAUAAUAAAAGGAAAAUUUUAAGGUCUCUUGAGAUAUUAUACAAGAAUGGUAGAAAACAUAGUGAAAUAUUGGAGGAACAACAAUCUGCCAAAGAUGCUUCUCCCUCUGGUGGAGGCUUGAGGUUUCCAAAUUCUUUGGUUUUGUGGUUACAGUGUGAUCAGGAUAUUCUUGAUAAAAGACUGGAUGACAGAGUUGAUAGUAUGAUGGAAGAGGGACUCUUGAAGGAAUUGCUGAAUUUCCACAAAAUGUACAAUAAAGAUAGAAUGAAUAUUGAGAGUGAACCAGAUUACACUAAAGGGAUAUUCCAGUCUAUAGGAUUCAAAGAAUUCCACUCAUAUCUUAUGUUAAGUGAAGAAGAGCGCAUUGGCAGAGAUGGUCUUCAAAAGUUGAAUGAAGGGUUUGAACAACUGAAAAUGGCCACUAGAAGAUAUGCAAGGAAACAAAGGAGAUGGAUUGUCAAUAGAUUUCUUGGCAGAGAGGAUAGACAGGUUCCCCCAAUAUAUGGGUUGGACGCAUCCGACACGUCCAAAUGGCAAGAGCAAGUCAACAAAAUCGCCAUUGAAAUAGUGGAGAGCUCCAUUGCCGGGACCGAGCAGUUGCACCAGCAAUUGCCCAAACAGUCCAGUAAUUCAGUACCGAAUGCCGACGACACUACAUACACCUGUGACGUUUGCGAUCGCGUGUUCGUCGGCGACUUUCAAUGGACGAUCCAUCGAAAUUCGCACAAGCAUAGGAAGAUGGUGGACGCGAGGAAUAAGAAGAUGGCUGCUGGUGCUACGCCACUCAACACAUGACGGUAGCCCCAUUUUGUUUUUCUAUGCCUCCGAGGUGGUCGCAAAGUAUAGAGAAUUGCCCUGUUAUAUAUAUUUACGAUUAACGAAAUGGAUCAGAAGAUCGCUGAAAUCGGAGAAGUGUGCCAUCACUGAAUUAUCAUACUAUUUCUAUAUUUGGUCAACAGCGAGGUUACAUCACAGGUACGUUCAAUCGAGCUGAGGUCAAACUGUCUUGCAUAAUCAAAAAUAAUGGAAAAAUUCGAUGGCUAAUUAUUUUUGUAAAUAAAGCAAUAUUAUUCG